CCCUGUCUCCCAGCAUUUAGGUCUGGAUCGAUAUGGCGUAGAGGGCAGGAGUGGGUCGGUAGGUUAGGGCUUGGAGAGAGGAUAAUUGUUUUUUUAAAAAAUGAUUAUUUGAAUGAAUCAAUUGCGGGAAGAGUUGGAGCCCGAGAGCAUAUAGGUAGUGUGGGUGUUGUGAGGAGGAACUUUCGCCUACGGUCAAAGAAUUCACGAGGCGUAAAUAUUCCCCAAUGAUGGUGAUAGCUUUGGCUGUUUGCGGAGAGUUUCUCCAUCGGAUAUCGGAAUCCCUGGAUUAGUACAGCUGUUUUAGCAUUAUGGACGAUGAUAGGAAGAGGGGAAAGGUGUGUUUGGUGCUAUAUUUUGAGAUGUGGUCGCUCUCUUUGGUAUUUACUGUGAUAAAAGUAUACUCUGGAGCAUAACUCGGUUGGAAAAGGAAGAGUUUGAUACUCAUGAUCCCAAGGAGAUGGGUUCACUACUACCUUACUUGAUGAAAAGGUCUGAGAUUAUUGAGAUAGUUGGAGCCAGUGAUAUCAUCUUUGCUUUAUCACAGUCAGGAGUAUGUGCUGCAUUCAGCAGAGUCUCAAACCAGCGGAUUUGCUUUCUGAAUGGAAGACCAGAUGAAGUCAUUCGCAGUUUGUUUUACAACAAGAACAAUGACUCACUCAUUACUGUAUCAGUUUAUGGUUCUGAAAACUUCAGUGCCUUAAGAUGCAGGACAACUCGAAUAGAGUAUAUACGACGGGGGAAGCCAGAUGCUGGUUUCCCUCUUUUCGAGACAGAGUCCUUGAAAUGGCCAGGUUUUGUGGAAUUUGAUGAUGUUAACGGGAAGGUGCUGACUUAUUCUGCCCAAGACAGUACUUACAAGGUGUUUGACUUGAAAAACUACACUUUGUUGUAUACAAUAUCUGAUAAGAAUGUUCAAGAAAUAAAGAUCAGCCCUGGCAUAAUGCUAUUGAUAUACUCAAGAAAAAAGGGCUGUAUUCCCCUUGACAUUCUUUCUAUUGAAGAUGGUAAACGCUUGAAGUCAUUCAAACACCUUCUUCAUCGCAAUAAAAAAGUUGAUUUCAUUGAGCAAUUCAAUGAAAAACUUCUGAUCAAACAGGAAGGGGAGAACCUUCAAAUUCUUGAUGUAAGAAACUUCCAAUCAAUUGAAGUAAGCAGAAGUGAAUUUGUGACUCCUUCUGCGUUUAUCUUUCUGUAUGAGAUGCAGCUGUUCCUGACCUUCCGUAGUAGAUCAGUAUCCGUUUGGAAUUUCCGUGGUGAAUUAGUCACAUCUUUUGAGGACCAUAUGUUGUGGCACCCUGAUUGCAAUACCAACAGUAUUUACAUCACCAGCAACCAAGAUCUUAUUAUUUCUUACUGCAAGGCUGAUCCAAAUGAUCCUUCUUCAGAAGAAAAUGCUUGCUCCAUAAAUAUCAGUGAGAUCUUAACCGGAAAAUGCUUGGCCAAAAUAAAGGCAGGGAACCUUAACAAGCAAAGGGUGUCUAAGUUCCAAAGUACACCUUCCGAGGCACUGGGGGACAUCACAGCUCUGUACUACGAUGAAGAGCGUGAGGAGAUAUACACCGGCAACCGACUAGGCCUUGUCCAUGUGUGGUCAAAUUGAUAGUUGCUCAGGCAGUCAAGCUUUCCUUCGGGCAACAGCAAUCCUCACCUAGCGUGGCAUAAUCGGGGAGAUACUAGCUACAACCGUAGUUCAUCAUCGGGGAGAUACUAGCGUGCCUGAUCGGUGUAGCUCCAAGGGUGUUUACUGUUUACCAUAUGUAUCGUUUUGGAAGGUUUGUCACUGUUAGCGUGCCAUCUUACCCCCCGAGCUAUAUAUAUCUGAUUCCAAUCUGAGAUUCA